UGCGAUACUUGAUAUACCCUCUGGCUUUUCCGUCGGCUCCUGAGUUCUACCUCUAGUCGUGGCCAAUGACACCCGGACACUUUUUUUCUUCAUGAUGGAGCCACAGCGUCGGAAGCGACAGCAGCGUAAAGCGUGUGAUGUGUGUCGGAGGAGGAAAUCAAGGUGCGAUGUGGUUGAGCAGGGAGGGCCUUGCUCGGUGUGUAUCAAACUCAAGGUGACUUGCCGGUCAACAACGGACUGGGAAGCGCUCAAAUCCAGACCCAAGAGCGCCGAACACCGACAUAGACACAGGCACAAGCCCUCCACUUCGUCAACGGCAGACACCAUCGAGGUGGCCAUCACACCCGGCGGCUGCGAAGACUCAUUGCUGUCACCCAUCGCGACCACACCGCCGACAGCAACCACGCGCCGCCUCAGUGUCGUCUCGGACAAAUGGACACACCUGGGCUCUCUCGCGCGCAGCUCGCUGGCGCAAUUCUUCCAGUACGGCAUCGGGUCAGUGGAAUGGCUCGUCUUCGACGUCCACUCGCGCUUCCGCAUCGCCUACGUGGGAACCCCCGUCUCGAACCUCUCGCACCUCGUCGGCUUCCGUCAGUCCUCCCUCAGCCCCGACGACAGCAAAAACAACCUCCACUACCCCUACCCGCCCAUUCGGCCCAGCCUCCCCUGGAAGCCUGAAGACGGCAUCUGGGGACUGAAGGGCAAUCUGGACAUUGCUAACGACAUUUCCUGCUUCCCCGCACGCGAUAUCCGCGACAGUCUCGUCGAUGCCUAUUUCUCACGCGUCAACCCGGGGUUCCCUGUCAUCGACGAGACCCUCUUCCGAGCCCAAUACGCCGACCCGCACAAGCCGCCUCCCCUGCUUCUAUUCCAGGCCGUGUUACUGGCGGGCGCGCAUGUGUGCGACCACCCCCAGAUCGCCAGCUCUCGAGCUGUGGUCAAGGGGAUCCUGUUCCGGCGAGCGAGCAUGCUCUUCCACAUCCGCCAUGAGUGUGACCGGAUGCACCUCAUGCAAGCCGCUCUGCUCUUCACGUGGCACCUUGACGACGCCGAUACCGUCAGUGGCGGGAGCUACUACUGGCUCGGCGUAGCCUGCCGCAUCGGUUUCGGUCUGGGCGCCCACCGCGACGUGUCGUCGGACGCAGCAGGCCAGUUCCCCAACGCAGACAGGAAGAUCUUCCGCCGCGCCUUCUGGACGGCAUUCACCUACGAAGUCUUCUCUGCCCUCGAACACGGACGCCCCUGUAUGGUGAGCUUGGACGACAUCGACCAGCCCGCCUUGAUGAAGGAAGACUUCAUUGAAAGCAGCGCCGGUGUAUUGAACGAGAACUAUCAGAUGGAUUACCUCCUCCGCAACAUUGAACUGAGCUGCAUCGCCCUCGAUAUCCUCAAGCUCAACAGCCCUUCGCUUUCUUCUGCGCCAGACCGUCCCGACCUAGCCUCCAUUGAUGCCCGCCUCGCCCUCUGGGCCAUGGGUCUCCGCCACGACUCCAGUUUCUGGUCCUCGGAGCUUAAGCUCCACUACAAUUUAGUUCUACUCCAUCUCCACCGCAACAUCCACAGCACCGACAGCCCACGCGUCCAUGAAAGCUACGGCAUAUGCAACGACUCGGCCCAAACCGUCAUCAGCUGUCUCGAGGACAUUAUUUCGAACGGCACAACCGGACAAUGCCACUUCCCGGCCAUCGUGGCCCUAACCGCGGCGGGGAUCCACAUCGCCAACGACGUGAAGUCCGCCGUGGGGAAGCGAUCCUUCCUCACGGCGCUGAACGCAUUGGAUCGACUAUCGAGGUUGCUCCGCUGUGCGAAGGAGGUAGCGGUGUACUGGCCUUCGGCUGAAGCGGCGCAUCGCAUGUUUGAGGGGAUAUACAACGAGUUUGAGGCGAGGAUCGCGAGUGAGAUGCGGAGUCAGGAUCUGAAAGGGGGCAGCGGCAGUGGUGGUGUGUAUCAGGAGGGUAUGAUGAGUCCCGAUUGGAGGUCCAUGUUGGCUACGUUGCCGUACCCCGCGACUUUGGGGGCUGAGGAUCAGGACUGGAUGAAUUUGGAGCAUUGAUGAUUAGCGACUAUGGGGGAACAUUUCCUAGCACGACAUGAACAAGUACGCGGUUAGGCGUUUGGGAUUGGAUAUACACUGGGUAUUGUUUACGGGAAAGCAAACAGUGCCAAUUCCUUACUGAUAUAUAUCGCUG